UCCGACACACUCGUCCACUGUCACAGUGUGCUCUGGACUCUACACUGAACGGAUUACCGGUAUCGUUAUCGUUCAUCAUGGAUUUGAAACUCUUGGCGGUUAUGUCUGUGCUUGCUGUGGCGACAUACGUUCCUUUCUCACAAGCUAAGCCCAUCAGUAUGAUGGAGAGGUGCUGGUGUCGUUCUACAGUUAACACCGUCCCCCAGCGCAACAUCCGAGAACUGAAGUUCCUACACACACCCAACUGCCCCUUCCAAGUGAUUGCCAAGCUGAAGAACCACAAGGAGGUGUGUAUCAACCCCGAGACCAAGUGGCUGCAGCAGUACCUGAAGAACGCCCUCAACAAGAUGAAGAAAGCUAAGCAGAUCAACUAGAGAGCCUGCAGGAAGACCGCCAAACAGAAACAGUGCCAAGUGAAGGUCUACACUCCUCUUGCACAGUCUUCACAUUUUGCUACCUUUAAAUUUUUAUCUAAAAGGGAUCAUAUUCAAUUUUUUUCCUACAGAUCUACACAACCUACAUUUUCAAAGUGAAAGAAAGUUAUAUAAAAAAAAAAGGGAAAA